AUAGCCAUGAACUCUACUCCUGAGAAUGAUAAAUCCGUUAAUUUUAUUACUGAAUUUUGCUCCUUAUUAACAUAUUCUAUAUAUGCUAAUAUUUUUAAAAUACAAAUAUCUGUCACUCAUAACUAUAACGUACUAUUUUAAUCACACGCCACCUCGUAAUAUAUUUUUAGUUAUCGCUGUGCGUCCAUGACUGGAACCAAACGCUACAAACAAAGCGAACGGCCGCUAAGCAAUCGGUCCGCGACGAACGACCGAGGAGAUAAAAACCGUUCGGUAGCCUAUCGACCUGGUUCAGUCAACCGCCAGCCACCGCCGCGAUCCGUGAUGUGAACAAUGCACAUGACCAAAGUCCCUCGUCUACUCCUAGUGCUUCUGUGUAGUGAACUGUGUGCGGCCAUUAAGGUCCCAGUAACCUGGAACGAUAGUGUAAAAAGUGAAGUGAAAAAUGAACAGAAUGUGGAAUCACCCGUGGAAAUAUUCAAUCCUCAAAAUGUGCAAACCAGAUCACAUAACCAGCAACCUAUCCCGAUCGAAUAUUUUGAAUAUACGGCUCAGAAACCUAAAUUUGCGACCGAAAUAGCGGCGUUUCAUGGCGUGAAAAAUCCUGAACAAAAUUAUAAAGCGUAUCCUGUGCAGCCUUACACAGGUAAACAGAAACCUGUGUUGGGUGUUCACCACCUGUUAGAUGAAGAAAGGCCGAUCUAUCAUCCACUUCAAACUUACAUACAUCAAAAUAAAGUGUUAAAUAGAUAUGUUCAUCCGACGUCUUCGGGCUAUGAAAUCUUCCACCCAUAUAAAGCUGAGGAGCCUGCAUUGCAAACAAUUUACAGAGAUCCUGUACUAUCAAAAAUCAGAAAUGAUAUACAGGAUAGUAAAAAUAGACUACAAGCCUAUGAACAGGCAGCCGGCGAGCCUCAUAUUUCAGCUGACGAAUAUUUAGAAAGUCCUGAAAAAACAGACAGAAAAUUAUUUCCACAAAAAAAUGAACCAGCCCCUUAUGAAAUUCACAGACCUGAAAGAGUACCAGCUUAUUACAGAGCACCGACCAGAGACCUUCACAGAGAUCAUGCACUAAACCAAAAAUUCAGACACCCAUGGAACCAACAAAAUGUGAAAAUAAGACCUGUACAUUACCUUCCUUUACAUAAACACAUAGGAAAGUUACGAAACAAACACGCGAUGAAAUAUGACGAUGAACAUAAUGAGUAUCCUCAAGUUCCUGUUUCUGAAAAUAUUGAGAAGCUUCCUGAAGGUUAUGAUAUAUAUGAAAAAGGUAAACAAAAAUACACACAACUUAGAAAUAAUCUCGAUGAAUCGGUAAACAACAUUGUUCAAAAACAUCAUCCAGCUAACUAUAAGACAUUAGAACUUCAAAACAAUAGUGAUCAUAAAAACGAACAAAUUGAUGAAGAAUUUAUACCUGUUAAAAAUUACGCACAAGUAAGAAAAACUGAGACAUAUAAGCAUUUGCCAAAAACUGCUGCCUUUGAUGACGCAGAAACAUAUGAGGAAAUUUUAAAUGCACCAAGGCUACGCGAAGCUGUUAAGAGUACAAAGGCUCAAACCGUAUACAGCGAAGAAGGUUAUGAAGACUCUGCCUACGAUCAUGCUGGGGAACAAAAACAUGCUUCGGAUCAAGAAGGUCACGGUGGUUUUCUAAAAGAACACGAAAAUAGUGGUGGAUUGUACAAAAUACCCAGUGUAGCUGGUAAGUACCAAGACGGUGCAGGAUCUGAGUACAGAGACAAUACCGAACAUGGUAAGGCAUGGAACAGUAAUGAUAAAGAUGAAGAGGAAGAAACAGAAGCUGAAGAUUACUCAGAAAUUGAACAUGAUGAAUCUGUUGAAACCGAUGCUUAUAAUGGCGAUGAUGCAGAGAUUGGUAAUCGAAAUAAACGCGAAGGAGAGGCAGAAACCGAAAUUGAAACAAACAAUGAAGACAACAAUGAUGAUAGUAGUGAACUUAAUCCUACAGCUCACGAUAACGAAUCAAAUGAUCCAGACACGGAACACGAAGUUGGUAAACGAGAAGUUAACUUUAAGGUACCAGAAAUAGAUUUGAAUUCAACAUUUAUCAUAAAAUCACCUACAACUAAACAUCAUGAAAAGAAAAAUGCACCGCUUCGAAAAAAAGAGAGUUUGAAGAAUAAGUAUCCAUACUAUUUUAAAAACUUAAAAGGUGUUCAUAAAAAUUCACCUUUAAGGUACGCUGAAAAUUUAAAACUCAUACCCAAAAAAUCGAGGGGUGGGACGGAAUUUUACGAUUCAAGAUCGAAACUACAAUGUUCUGAGGUAGAUGAAGACGUAGACCCUUUACCUGAAAAACUUAAAAAUGGAGAAAACCCCACUAAUGAGGAUGAAGAUGACGACGAGGAAUCAAAAGCUAAAAGCUUCGAUACCGUCAAACAAGUUCCACGCCUUGAAGGCCUCGGUGAUAAAAUCGAUUGUUUCAAAGCAAAAUAUUUUGGGGAAAAUCCUUUGGAUAGUCCAUUUUUCAAAGAAGACAUUAUAUCGAACCCUGAACCAAUUUUCGCUCCAAAAUUGUCAACAUUCCAACUGAAAAAUACUAAAGGUGAUACAGCUGAAGAAUCUAAAGUAAAUAAGGUUAUUAGUGCUGCAGAUAUUUUUAGGGAAGAUGCCAAGACAAAUAUUUUUGAUUUACUGGAUAAACUGAGGAUUGAUCAGAAUAAUUUACAUGAAAACCUAAAUAAAUCAAGCUUAAAAUUACACACUGCUCUGAAUAUAAUUCCAUUUAAUAAUGUUCAAUCCAACAAAACAGAACAUAGUGAUGUUUAUACUGAUGUCCUUAAAAAUAUACAAAAUUCCCAAGAUAAGUCUGAAGAUAUAGCUACAGUUCUAUUAAAUUCUGAAGUAGUGAAAUCGAAUGUAACUUACGAUUCCUUUCAAAAAAGGGAAGAUAUUACUAAGAAGCCUCCACAGUUAAGAAAAAAAAGAGCAGCGCCAUUUGUGUACGAGCCGUAUAAAAUAAUAAGGGACGGUCAAGUUCAAGAUUCCAAGAAAACAACUACAACCAGCAAUAUCAGCCCAUUGAUUAAACAACUUCAGUCAAGUGGAGUAGCUGAUCGAGUUUCAAGAUCUAACAAAGACGAUAAACUACCAAAAAAGUCUUUGAAUAGUCGCACAUAUGUAGAUAUAGGCAGAAAAGCCAGAGCCAAACCUCAAGUUUACAAUGGUUCUGACCAUACUUUUGUAGAUGUGAGUAUAGAUCAACGUAGAGGUGAACCAAGGUAUGAACUGAGACCUUCAAAUCAUAAAGCGGAGUACACACCAGUUGAAAACAAAAGAGCAAUGUCCGUUGUAGCUUAUAAUGCACAGAAAACUACUGAAAAAAACAUUAUAACUACUAAGCCAACACCUAUACGAGGUAGACAACGCUUUCGAUCAACAACAACCACUGUACGUCCUGUAUAUGACGUAGCCCAAUUUAUCCCUAAGCCUUUACAAGUACAGAAUGUAGCCGCAUCAAAUUCAGUUAAGAAAACAGUUACAACUGCUCCAGCUUCAGUUCAAGAGAAAGAAAGAAAACAAGACGAAGAUUCCGAAGAAGUAGAGGAUAGUGAAGAGUAUGAUGAUGAUGACGACGAAGAGGAAGAAGAUGAUGAAGAAGAAGUCCCUACUACUACCACAACGACAACUUUAAAACCAUCAUUUAGAAAGAGAAUCAAAUUUACUACAACUACUGAAAAAGUACCAGAGCACAACACAGAAUCUGAAGCUCAACUACUUAAACUUGUAACUAGAUUCCGCAACUACAAACCAACUGAUGAAUCCGAACCUAAAGAUAAAGUAAAGCCAGCUCCUGAAGUGAAGAAAAAUGUUGAAGAGUCUGACAUAGCCCUGCCCAAGUACAGGGAAAAGAAAAAGAAGUCGCAUACCAGCACAAUAGUUACAGACUCCAAUAAAUAUGGAAAUGAGGAUGAAGACGAAGAUAUGGAAAAAACUGUUGACGAUUUAAUAGGUGUGAAACACGAUAUGAAGGAUUACAUGCCUAUGUAUGAAAAAGAAGAGAGUAAGAAAAAUAAGCAUCAUCAAUCUCGAAAUGAAGAAAAUAAUGACAGUAGAGAAGAAGAGGAGGAAGAUAGUGAAAAUGAGGAUGAAAAUGACGAUGAUGAUGAUGAUCAUCCUGAAAAUAGUGAGGAAGAAGAAAGUGGUGAAGAUGAUGAGGAAGAGGAUGGUGAAGAUGACAACGAUGAUAAAAAAGAUGAUGACAACACAGAACCAGAAAUUCAAGCUACAACACCUGAACCAACAAAACGCACCCUUAUUAGGACAACAGACGCUCCUCCAACAACAAAGGCAACAUUCGUCCACACGACUAUUCCUUCCAUGCCCUCACGAAUUAUCAAACCGGAAGGCAGACCUGUUAUAACAAGAAAGAAGAUUGAAAUACACAAAGAAUUGCCUGUAAACAAAUCGUCGCCUCAUAUAACACAAUUCAAACAGGACAUUAAACAAGUUGAAAUUAUUAAAGAAAUUCCUACAACAUCAAGAAAGAAACCUCAAAAAAAUGCUGAAGUUCUAAAUUUGUAUAAGGAUGACAAUUUAGCACAGGAAAUUAAUAAGUUAGGUGAUGUUGAAAUAUUCCGCGAAAACUUGAACUUAAACGAAGGCCCCAAACAUGGUGGAAAUUAUCGAAAAGCCACUAAAGAAGAAUUAAGAUUACUCAAACCAAGGGAAAAUACCGCAAAACGUGCUAAAGAUGCUGAAACUUCACAAAGUGAGACCAAUAAGAAUGUCGAGCUGGAAGAAUUUGUGCCGAAAAGAUUGCAUGGAGGUAAUUUAAAAGCAUUAAGCGACACAAAGCGCAGUAGAAGUAGUGACAGAAACUCAAAACUUAUUGAGCUAAAUGACCCACCAGUAAGAAUGCAUGGAGGUAAUCUUAAAUAUGACAAAGACAGACGAGGUGGAAGAAGAAGCGAAAAACUAAUAGAACUCGACGACGAAGAAGAUGAUCAUUCAUCACAAGAUGACAAAGAAUAUAAACCACUGAAUACAAGACACGAAAGAAUGCAUGGGGGGAAUUAUAGAAGUGCUAAAAUAGUAGCACCGCAAGAAGAUGACGACAUUCAAGUUAAAAGUUCAAAGAAAGAGUCACCAAGGAACGCAGCUUUACUAUUGGCCCAGUUCGCUCAGGCUGCCCCGAUAUUGACAAGUACACCGGCCUACAUAUUAGAUCCUAGUAAACGAAUGUACUAUUAUGUUGAUGCCUGAGAGUUAAAAAUAAAAUGAAAAGGCUCGUUAGUCAUUCUGUCCAAUCGAAAAAAGUAUAUUAAGUAUUUAGAUACAUUUGGAACUGCAUAAUUGCACGACCAUUGUUUAACGACUUCGGUGCAAAGUUGCCAACCAGAUUUUGAUUUAAAUAAAUAUAUUAGCUUAAUGGUCCAUUAUUGGUACAAGUCGAUAAAGUAAUAAAACAAACGUAUGACGCAAUUUUUAUGUAAGUCAAAUUACUUAUUGAGUGCACUAAACAACGUUUCUGUAUUAAGUCCUAUUCUCGUUGUAGCUUAAAUUGCCAAUUAACCGUUGUUAGAUUGCUGCAUUAAAAACAAAGUUUGUAUUUCUGUGUUUACAGCUCGAGCUAAUUCCUUAUCGACAUUAAUUUAAAAGUUUAAGUUAGUGACUGCUCUUAUUAAAAAUAUGUCCAUUAUCUUCGAUAACAGAAUACGUUACACAAUAUUUUGAAUAGGCAAUAUGCGUACUAUUUGAGGACAAUGAAUUGAACGUUAUAAGAAUUAAUCUAAAUUAUUAUUUUAGUUUCGUAAGAUGGCGAUUGGAUUUUUCGAAAGUAAUUAGUCUAUUGUAAUAGAAAGUGCCACAUUACGUAUCGCGGGACAAGAGUCGACAGCGAUCGAUUGAGUUGUUAUCAACAUCUGUAUUAUUCGAUAUUAUUAAAUGUACUGUGAUAGAUAUAACUGUUAAUGUUUUAUACAACGAAUUGAACGUAUUUAUAAAGUUUGUUAUUUUUAUAAAUAAAGUUCAGUGUAAUAUAA